GGUCUCCGCCCCUUUGUCCUCCCCUGAUUCUUGUAAUUACUAUGUAGAAAAAAUGGGACUAACUACCGGGGAACCGGGUGGAUACAACACAAUGUAACAUAAGUGGAGCGAUAUAACGAAUGGGCAGAGAAAGUCUAUACUAAUCAGACUUUAGAAAUGUGUUGUUGACCAGACAAAGGAAGAGUUCUACAAAACAAGGUGCUCAUGAAGAAUGGAACUAACCAUGUUUAACUUUGAUCAUUGAACACACCCUAAUGGAUUACGUAAACUCCGCUGAACCAGAUGUUGAUGCCUUCAUCUGCACAGAAUGUGGGGAUGGCUUCAGGCGCUACCUUGACUUGGUUAAACACAUUACUGUUCAUGAACGACUCAGAACUCAUGAACGAACAGAUUUAUUUUCCCUUGACAGUUUACCCAAUGGGUUUCAAGUUCCCCGUGAAUAUGCUCUCCAUGAAAAUGGAACUUUCAUAGUGGUUGACAGAUCUGGACCAUCAAACAACCCUUCUUCUGUCAAACAGCCAUCUUCAACUCCUUCACCUUAUCAGAAUUCAAAGACCAUUGUACUCAAAACUAAGCCAGCAAAAACUGAUCUACGUGUCAACACAGUGUCUCACUCCGAGUGCCGCAGUGUCUCUCCUCUAAAACAGUACCGAUGCGAAACGUGUGGAAAAUUGUUUAACAACCAGCUGAGUUUACAACAACAUCAACAGUAUCGUAAUUUAGAGCAAGGUUAUAAGUGCACCUUGUGUUGCAAGAUCUUCACAGAUAAAGAGAGGCUAAGGGAACAUCUCCAAGAACAUGCCCAUGAAAUAUUUUACUGCUGUGGUCAGUGUGGAAAACGCUUUCUGAAACAAGAGACCCUGUAUGCUCAUCAAAAAGAGCAGCAUGGGUCGCUGGGGCUCAAACAAAUGGGGAAGUCUGACAAUGGUCAAGAAAACAUAAUACAGAAAACAUAUCCCUGUAAGAAGUGUAAUCUGUGUUUUUUCUGGCUCUCCGACUUGCAGAGCCACUUACUCAGUCAUUCCAAAGACAAACCAUUAUCUGUGAACUCUUCAUCCAAAAUCGAGCAACAGUCUCAGAAAGAUGAGCUAUCACAUACCAUCGAGUACAGCGACAGCACCCCUACCGAUGUUACUAAACAGUACAGCAGCAGCACCCCUACUACCGAUGUGACCAAACAGUACAGCAGUGACGCAACUGUUGAUGUGAAGACCCACAAUGGCAAAUCUGAUUCCAAAACACCAUCCUCUUUCAGACCAUACCGCUGUGGUUUGUGUGGAGAUCGCUUCCAGCAGUUAACAGACUUGAAGGAGCAUCAUCUUACCCAUCAAACACAAGAAGAAAUUGACAAGUUAAAUAAGGAUUCAGAGUCACAAAGAGUUGUAAAAAGGCGGCGAAGGUAUACUGGCAUUGAGUGCAUCGUAACAAAAGCACCUGCAAGGAAGGGAGGAAGGCCCCCACUUUAUAAAAAAGGCUCUGGGACAAAAUUACAUCCAUGCAAGCACUGCCACCGUGUAUUCAGUCACUCUAGUAGUCUUUCUCGGCACAAUAGAUCCCACAAGGGGACUCUUCACACUUGUGUUCUCUGUGGGAAACAUUUUCCACAACGCUGUGAUGUCCGGAGGCAUAUAGCCAUGUAUCACAAACCUGAAUUAGAGAAGAAGCCAAGUCUUAAGUACUUGGCAUUGCAUUCUAAACCAGAUGGUGGUUCCCAAUUGAAUUCUGAUGUGUUGGAACAGAAUGCGUCAUCUGAAGGAAAACCCAAGAAGUCUUUAGACAGUGUUGUAGCAGAAUUGGAAAGUGACGAUCAACAAACCACAUCUACUGGAGAAGUGUCCGCUGCUCCUAAGGCACGGAGGAACUACAAGUGUGACCAAUGUGGGAAAAAGUUUGGGCUGCUGUGUGUGUACCAACGGCAUUUGCGGUACCACAAAAGGGAACCGGGUAGUGAAAUGGUUAAGUGCCCUCGCUGCCCAAGUCGCUUCCGGAGUUCGUCUGCUCUAGGGCGCCAUCUUGAGAUUCACCCAAGUCAGUCAAGCGGGGAAACGGACAUGGAAGGACGGGCAUCUCCCACUGCUGACUCCAAUCCAGACCUGGACUCUGACCAAGACAAUGCAAAGGAUUUAGUGGGUCAUGGGGACAUUGAUGAUGUCAAGGGUGGGAAUGGUGAAAAAAUUGGUCCAGCAGAGGUGCUGUAUGAAUGCACUGAGUGUACAGAGACUUUUUCCUCCUUGCAGAAGUUUCUGAAGCACCAGAGUUCUCAUGGGUCCGAUAACCUUGGAUAAUGGAAACUAUAUGCAUGGUAUUUAUAUCCUGAGGUUCGAACCCUAACUUGAGAUCGAUGCACAUACCACAAAUUGUUGCACUGUUAUGCAGACCUCAAUUCAUGAUUUACGGAAGUCCGAGUUACGUGCACAUGUCUCAAGUUAGGAUUCUUUCUUUGAUGAUGGAGCAGUUAACAAGUGUUUUUUUUUUACUAUGAAUUGAGGAACUACAACCAGUAUGGUUCUUGUCGUGGGUGGGUCAUUCAUUCUUAACCGGAGUAGGAUGACUUUGAUGUAGCACUGCAUAGAUCGAGAUGGUGACUGGGAAUUACUGAGAUUUUUUAAUGUAUUUUCUACGAUCAUGUGAAUUUGAGGUCCGUUUUGUAUCAAUGUUUUAGAUUGUUUUGGUUACUUCUAGUUAAACCUUUGACAUUACCCCUGGAAAGGCCAUGGUGUGGGAAUAAUGCCUUUAAUAUCCUCUGAGAGCAUUAUUGAAGCUAGUAGUCGAGCACAAUUUGCUAAAGACCAAGUGGCAAUAACGUUUUUGCAGAUAGAUUUGGACCCAUGCAAAGCGUUAAGAUGGUCUGAGGUAACAAUGACUGUCCAUUUUGUAAAGUAAUUAGAAAAGUUUUUUUGCAAGUGCAGUUCCAUUGGGAUUUUGCUUUAAAACAAUUUAAGAUAUUAUUUAUUUGCAAUUGCCAAGUCUUUACAACCAUGGUGUCUUUCUCAAGAUCAAAAAAACCUGUCAAGGUGAGAUGUUCCCAAACUACCAGACCAGGAAUGUUUGUAUAAUUUUGAAAGGCUUUCUCAUGUAUCAUCUUUUCACUAUAUUGUGGUCUUGUCUCUCAAUUCACUUAAUGGUUCUGUUAUCUAGAUCAGUGGUUCCCAACGAGGGGUACUUAGCCUAUCCACAGGGGCAACUUGAGAAGACUCAUGAGACCAUAGGUCUACUGGUAAAAUGCACAUGAGGGGGUACUUCAGGGGUUGUCUGGGCAGAGAAAAAUUCAGUUGGUGGUACAGUAACCGAAAAAGAUUGGGAACCACUGCUCUAGAUGAUUUCUGCUGCCAGUCCUCCGGGUGGCCACUGAUCUGUUAACAUGAUCAGCAUGUUUUUCCAUAAGGCACGACAAAGUCCAGUGAUUCCAAUGCAAACCACACGUAGCAUUGUGAUGUAAAUUAGCCUUUUCAAAUGGUACUGUUGCUUCCUUUAUUGCCUACCAAACGAGAACACAUGCAUUGGCCCUGAUUUUUAUGUUAAUUUUGUGCCAUUAAAGUUGAAAGAAAUUUA